AUGACCACAUCCCCAUCCAUCGUCAUCGUCACCUCAGCCUCCUCCAUCGUUUGCAACGUGGAGCGACCGUUCUUCAGCAACCAGAUUCAGCGAGGAGGAAACAACUUGCAUAAGAUGGCGAAUUCGUACGAGGCGAGGCUGGUUCGAAAGAAGAAAGAGAAGCAUGCUAACGGCGGCUGUAGAACCGUGGCCUGCCACCCGGAUCACCUCAUUGACCUCCAAUCCUUGCCAAUCGCAAAAUCCAUCUCAUACGCCGCCAUUUCCGGCAACGAUCCCUUCGAUCCGGCAAUGACGAUCUGCUGCCACCCCAAUCCCGUCAACGUGGUCGAACAAUGUGUCGAAUGGUGUCAGCUGCCUGAACGGUUCCUGAACCAGACCAAAGGAGACUUGGGCGACGCAUUCCACGACUUCUCCCGUUGUUUGCGCUUGGCGAGGAGAGAUCACAACCAAACCGACGGCUACAUCAUCGGCUUUCAAUCGUCCGCUGCCUUACCGCCGGGGACUCUGAGGUCAGCCGUCGUGGGGACGUUCAUCGCCUUGUUCCUCGCCACCUUAUUUUAA